CAACAACAUACGGAAGGGGUGUCUGUGAAAACUCUCAAACAAUCAAAUAGAUUGGACGGUGGCCUUCUUAAUCAGGAGAUGAGUCGUAGAGGACUUCAAUGCUUGACCUUUGAGAAGAGAAGUUUCAAGACAUUACAAUUUAUUUAAUUACUUUGCCAACCAAAACGAAGUGUGGCAAGAGUGUCAAGAUGAUGGAUAUAUUGUUUGAUGGUGAAAAAAUAAGCCAGCACGAGAGUGUUAAUGGUCAUAUAAUCUUGCUUCGAAAAAGAACUAUAGGGAAAUCUGUGUGCGUUGAGUACACAGUUCAGAAAGAAAAUUUACCACUGUACAAAUCUGGAAUAUUUCAUCUUCUAUCAGUUUCUGUUUUACUUCUCUCUGUCAGUGCAUAUGCCAGCUCAUUGCUUGGCAUUUUAUUCUUUGCGCUUUUGGGCUUAAUACUGUUUUACAUCCUGUUUUGGGAUGUUGAGAAAGAAGUCUUGCUUGUGACUGUUCCACUUGGACUGCAGUUUACUUCCUUCUUCAAAUCAGGCCAACAAACAACAUGUUACAUUCCGUGGCACUGUGUCAAAGAUGUAUACAUUAUAGAAACUGUUUCAUUUCACAGGGUGUUGUAUAAUCUUGUGGUUUUGACACAACCUGAUCAAGAUUCCAAGCAGUCAUCUCAGAAACUGAUUCCCCUUUUUCAGGGAACAAAACCUCGCAUCAGUUGCCUGGAAAAAAUAUAUCAAGGAAUUUAUGAUCUUUUUCCAGAAGAAAAUUCUAAAAUCUAACCACACAUCUUGUUUAAAUUCCUACCCAGCGAGAAUUCUUGAGAUCAUUAUGAUGAGUGAAAUUAGUUCAAUAACUCAAAAAGAGUAUUUAAAUUUGUAUUUUGUGAAUUGUAUCUGUGACAACUAUUGUUAACAAUUAAUUCUAUCCAAAAAGACAAAAAGAAAUCUGUAAUAAUUCUUACGUGUCACCUUCACCUGUGCUUUUAAGCGGUGGCUUAUGUGGAUUUCCAUCUGGCUGUUUCUUACUCAAUGUUUUGAUGAAAUAGGACACACAAGUAGUUGAGCUUUCAAGAAAACUCGGUUUAAAAAAUUCUGCAGUAUGUCGAAA